AUGGAAUCUGCCAUCAACGUACUUGUCUCCCAGUUCAAGACCUUUGCUGGGAAGGAUGGAUCCUCGAACACCUUGAGCAAAGGGGAGUUCAGCAGCCUGGUGGCCUGUCAACUACCUACAUUUGUCAAGGUAAAUCAGUCUCAGUCCCAAAUGGCACCCUAUUUCCUAUGUAGCGCACUUCUUUAGACCGGAGCCUUAUGUGCCCUGGUCAAAAGAAGUGCACUACAUAGGGAAUAGGGUACCAUUUGGGACACAAUCUUAGUCCUCUUCAGCACCCACUUCAUACUUGGCAUCCAUUUCGCAAUACAUAAUUAUCUAGAGCAGUGAGUGAGUGGCUGAAUGACAACGUGAUAACAAGCAUCGUAUACGUGAGUGAUAGCAGGCCAAAUCCUUUUCUGUACCAUUUCUAUUGCUCUCAGAUAAGCUUGCAUACCCAAACACACGCAUGCACGUAAAGUAGUGCACUAUAUAGGGAAUAGGGUGCCAUUUGGGAUGCAUCACUGGUAUUUGCUCUGGCAUGCUCACCCGGUGUUAUAGCAUAAACCUCCUUCCAACUUUGCAACCAAAGUUUGUGGAACUCAGACUCUGUGCCAUUUGAUCUAUAGUACUGUACUAUUCUUUACCAUUAGAUGGCAUAGUAGCCUUAACCAUGCUGCUCAUUGUUAACCUAGUCUGGGCCUGAAUGGGUCACUGUCCCAUUUCUCCUCUCUGAUUGCCUGCAGAACGCCAGUGAUCCAGACGUGAUCGAGCAGCUCAUGGGCUCAUUGGACGAAAACAACGAUGGGGAGCUGACUUUCCUGGAGUUUUGGCAGCUGAUUGGAAAACUUGCCAACAAGCAAGGGGGCUUUUAG